AUGUCUGCUCGUGGCUUACAAACAGUUGUACGAAAUGUACAAAAUCUAUGGCUGAUUAACAAUCGUCGACAGUUUCAAACAUCGGCAUUACGUUUAGCUGACAAUGUUAUUCAUGUGAAAGACGAUGCGGAUUUUCAAAAGCGAGUUUUACAAAGCAAAAACCCGUUCGUAGUUGAUUUCUAUGCAACUUGGUGUGGACCAUGUAAAGUCUUGGAACCACGCUUGGAAAAAGUAGUAACUGAUCAUAAUAAGAAAACCAAGGGCGAUAAAGAUGUGAAACUGGCCAAAGUCGAUAUUGAUCAGCUGGAACAACUAAGUGGCAAAUAUAAUGUUCAAGCAGUACCCACAGUGAUAGCAAUCAAAAACGGCAAAGAAAUUAGUCGAUUUACAGGUGCUGCAGAUGAAAAUCGAAUUCAAAAAAUGCUUGAUCAACUUAGCCGUUAA